CCCAACCCACAGCCCCGCCCUUCUGCCCCGCUCCUUACCACCCCAACCCAUUGCCCUGCCCUUCUGUUCCGCCCCUCCACGUGGCCCCGCCUCUCCAUCCUGACCUCUGACCUUAUCCACCGGCCCCUCCACACCAUUUGAUCCGCCCCACCUCAGGGCUCUGCCCCUUCCUCAUUGCCCCCUGGUGUGGUUCAUGGAGGCGAGCGGAGACCCAAGCCCCGGGACUUCGCGCCGUGGCCUUAGAUCUGAGGAGCAUGAGGGGUCGGACCCUCGGGAGAAAGAGCAGGCGGCCGCCGCUGGUGAGGGACGUAGGUUCUUUGGCUGUCGGGAGGCCCCGGUACCGGUUGUGUUGAGAGGCGGAGGGCCCCAGCUCAGCGCCGGCACCUUCCCACUACUGUUCGACCCGGACGGGAGGCUGGUCAGAGAGUCUUACUUUCGUAAACUCAUCUUCAAGGAGGGUGGUGUGGAUCCCAGUAUUCGUAAGGAUGUAUGGAAGUUUCUGUUUGGGAUGUAUCCCUGCUCCUCCACAACUCGAGAGCGUAAAGUGCUGGCAUUGGAGCGCUAUGUUCGCUACAAGAUGAUGAAGUGUCGGUGGCAGACCCUAAUGCCAAGUAGCAGGAGGAUGAGGGUGGAUGAGACUGACACACAGCUUUAUGAAGCAGCUCUUGCUUAUCAACAAAGGGGCAGUGGCUGCAAUCUUAAAGGGCAUGAAAUGGAUCUUUCGGAGGAAAAGACUGAGCAGAUAUCCUUCAUAGAGCUGCAGGCAAAGUUUUAUGUAGACCGUCAGAAAAUCAAUGUACAUGAACUGCAUGAAGCAAUUAGGAUCGUAGACAAAGAUGUGCCUAGAACUGAACGAGUCUUGGAUUACUAUCAAAAUGAAGGUGUGAUCAACCUUUUGGUGUUGAGAGAUAUACUGAUCACUUUUGCUGCAUUUCAUCCAGACGUAAGCUAUGUUCAAGGCAUGAAUGACCUUGUUAGCCGUUUCUUGGAGGUACUGGACUCUGAAGUGGAUGCAUACUGGUGCUCUACAUUCUACUUUGAGAAGAUUUCUUAUGAUUUCAAAGAAGAAGGCUUGAUAAGGAAAAUCAGACUUGAGGAGCAACUCCUAAAGGAACUUGACUCGCAACUUUACACUCACCUCCUGAGGGAUGGUAUGAAUGGACUCACCUUCUGCCACAGGUGGCUGCUGCUGGGGUUUCAACGAGAGUUUGAGCAUAGCGACGCAAUCCGUCUGUUUGAGAUCCUCAGCAGUCACCACCUCGAGCUAAACUCACUGGAAGCUGAAAGUGCCCGUCAUUCGGAGAGAAUGACACAUUUCCAGAGGGCAGAAGGAAAGAUUAUGCCUGAGUUGCCAUUGACCAAUAAUGAUUACACCUUUGAACUUUUCAUCUGUGCCGCAAUCUUGCUAGAGAAAAAGGAACUGCUACUAAAAUGCUCAGAUGAAGUGGAACUCAUCCAGUUUACUAACAGCUUGCAGGGGGCGCUCAACUUGGACCGUGUUCUUGAAAGAGCAGAGCAAGCAUUCUUCAACUACUGCAAUAAAUCUGUGCUGGACUGUUUCAAGAAACUCUGUACAGAACAGAAGAAAAAGAGCUUCUUUAAGUUUAAGCUGAUGGAUUUGUUUUCCUGACAGCCAAAGUUCACCGAGUACUUCAAGGUUAUGACCAGCAAGGAGAAGUAUUUCCCUGCAAUUCAGGACUCAAAUCCCAAAUUUGCAAAGGCAGUCUCCAAAAAUAAAUAUGCCUUUGCAGGAACCUUUUGAUGUUUACAUUGUAUUUUUAAGCUUAGUUGGUUGAUUGAUCAGUCUUAUCACUGAGGUCCCAGCUACAAAAGUCUUGCAUUUAAGAGCACAUGAUUUUAUUUUCCCUUGGGUUUGGUCCUUUGCUGUGCUCAGCAAUUUUCCUUCAAUAACAAGAUGCACAAGAUUGGAUAAUGUUGGUCCUACUGAGACUUCUCAAGUUAGGCAUGACCACUUCUUGUCAUGAGGUGAUUGUCUGUCACCAUUAAAGUUCCUCAGCUCAGUGCUUUCCUACAACAUAGCUGAGACUGGGAGUGUAUUGUGACAAGAACCCCGGCUAGGAACUGCCAUUCUACCACUUGGUCUGUUAGUUCUUUAAUAAAUUAACUGGCCCUGUACUGAUAUAAAUGGUUCAUAAACUGCAUUUAGGCCCUACCAGAGAUACUUCAGCGGGCUGUAAAGAAUCUGCAUUUCUGAAACAUUUCACUUCACUUUAAAAUUUUUGCAUUGGGGAAAAAAUCUUGAAUAGAUCUUUCAUAAUUGUUACUAAAUAAUGUUAAAUAAAAUGUGAUCCUGGUA